AUGAGCGAAAAUCCUUUUGAAGUAUUUAAAGAAGAUAUGGAAAACGAAGAAGUAUAUUUAAGAGUCAAUGCCAUGCAUAGAGUUGGGAUUAUUUGCACAUUAAUUGGAGUAGAUCAAAUUAAAUCUUAAUUGCUACCUUACUUAGAUUGUAACUAAUUAUAAUUAAUUAACGAUAAGCCCUGUUGAAUAAAGAUGAUGACGAAGUGUUAUUCGCCAUGGCUGAAGAACUGGGCAAUAUAGCGUAGAAUUGACAAUUAAACCUAGGGAAAUAAUUCCUAAUUACUCUUCUUGUUUGCUCAAUCUAUUGGAAAAAUUAGCAACCUUUGAUGAAACAGUCGUAAGAGAACAAGCAGUUAAAUCUAUAUCUGUUGUCUGUCAAUUUUUAAGUGAUCUUGAGAUUGUAAAUGUAAUUGUCCCAAUGGUAUAAUUAAUUUCUUUUAUAAAAUUCAUAGUGGUUAAGAUUAGCAUAAAAUGAUACUAUUUUCACAUGUAGAAUAUCUGCUGUUAAUUUAAUGUCUCCAAUUUAUGCAAGAGCAGGAACUUAACAAGAAAAUAUGAGAUUGUAAGGCUAGUUUUGAAAUAACUAGACAAUUCGCUGAAUUAUGUAAGGAAGAGGCUAUAAUGGUUAGAAGAGCGGUUGCUAAUAAAAUAGGAGAAAUAGCAUAGGCAAUGGAAAAAUCUCACGUUGUUGGAGACCUAGUUCCAGCUGUCAAAAAUCUUUGUUAUGAUGAAUAAGACUCUGUUAGAUUAUUAUGCGCUCAAAGUUUAAUGAGUAUUUCACUAAUUUUAAAUUUGACUGAAAUCAAAGCAUAUAUACUCCCUUUAAUUAUUUUAUAAGCUGAAGAUAAAUCUUGGAAAGUUCGAAUGGCUUUGGCAUAAAUUUUUACAGAUGUAGUCUAGAAUAUAUUAUUUAAGUUAGCAAUUGCAGUAGGCAAGGACAUUACUGAUUUUUAAUUAAUUCCGAUCUUUUCAAAUUUAUUAAAGGAUACUCAAUGUGAUGUCAGAGUUGUGGCCGUGAAAAGCUUGCUGAGAUUUAUAAAAUUUAUAUCUCCAGAGAGGUUAAGUUUAAUAGUUCCAAAUUUAUAAAUUCUAUCUGAAGAUUCGUUUUGUUAGGUGAAAUGUAAUAGAAAUAUGUAACUAUAGAAAAUGUUUGCGAAGUAAUAGGAUAGAUCGCGAAUUUGUUACCAAAAGAGUAUUGUUAGAAUAAAUUACAAUAAUGUUUAUUCGAAUUGAUGAGCGAUGAAAAUACUGAGGUCAGAAGAAAUGCGAUCAAAUCUGCUGGAAUUUUUGUUAUUGCAAUUGGAUUUGAAGAGCUUAAUUAAUUCAUACCACAUCUAAAGAAAUCUAUGAUCGAUCCUAAGUGGAGAGUUAGGAAGGAGACAAUUAAAACUAUUAUUUAAUUAGCCUUGUAUAGAUGUUAUUUAAAUUUAUAAAUAGGUCUGUUAAGCAUUUGGAUACUUUUACGUAGUAAUUGGAAUAAGCAUUCUUAUUGUUUUUGAGAGAUAGAGCUGCUGAAGUCAGAUCUAUUGGAUUAAGUUAUUUAUCUGAAUUGAUUGCAGUAUAUAAAUAGGAAUGGGCUUUGGGUAAUUUUCUUUAAAAAUGUGUGGAAAUUUUAGAAAAAGAUAAUGGGUGUUUUUUUCGAAUAAAUGCUCUUUAUGCAAUUCAAUAAAUUUCAUUUGCUGUUGAGAGUCAUCAGGUUGAACAAAGAUUAUGGCCAAUUGUAUAGAAAUACUUAAAGGAUCCGAUUCCAAAUAUAAGAUUUGUAAGUUUGAAAGUAGCUAAAUCUUUAAUGAAGAAGAUUGAGAAUUAAGAUGUGUUGAUUUAAAUAAAAUAGUAAAUAUGAAUUUAGAAUAGAUCUUUAAAUGAGAUGUUAGAUGAUCCAGAUAGGGAUGUCAAGUUUUAUGUUUAAGAAGCUUUAUAAUAUUGA